CACUCCUAAGCACGUUUUGUCUAUUAAAGUUCAAUUGUUUCUUAUGAAUAUGAAUCAUUUGAUCUCUUCGGUCCAUUGACUCAAUGUGAGAUUUUGCCAAAUUGUUAAAAAAACAAGGUGGCAAUAGUUUAUUAACGACAGCCCAUGUGUUCUGGCCUUCUGGGGUUCUAGCAUUAGCCCAAAUCUAAAUCUAUCUAGUGUAGUUUGUUAAUACUAAGUGAACGAGCUGGACCGAGCCCAUAGUUUGAAAAUUAGAUGAAACAGCCCACAUAAUUCGAAACCCAACUUCUUCAGGCAACCCAGUGAAUACAGAGUAGAGUAGACUUGGCCAAUUAGGGUUUUGGGGGUUUCCCUUCCCUUAUAUUCUUCCUCGCCCCAUUUUUAGCAGAGCUGCGAUCCUUUUCUGUGCGAGAAAGAGGACGACGGUGAAGGGAAAACUCGGAGGCAGGGAACGCCUCGUCGUCGCAGCACGCAAUCAUGGUGCACGUCGCCUUCUACCGCAACUAUGGGAAGACGUUCAAGAAGCCUCGUCGUCCUUAUGAGAAGGAGCGUUUGGAUGCUGAGCUGAAGCUAGUGGGAGAGUAUGGACUGCGGUGCAAGCGGGAGCUGUGGAGGGUUCAGUAUGCACUGAGCCGCAUCCGUAAUGCUGCUAGAAUGCUUUUGACUCUGGAUGAGAAGAACCCACGUAGGAUCUUUGAGGGUGAGGCCCUUCUUCGAAGGAUGAACCGCUAUGGACUGUUGGACGAGAGUCAGAACAAGCUCGAUUAUGUCUUGGCCUUGACUGUUGAAAACUUCCUUGAGCGCCGUCUGCAGACUAUUGUUUUCAAGGCUGGUAUGGCUAAGUCUAUCCACCAUGCCCGUGUCCUCAUCAGGCAGAAACAUAUCAGGGUUGGAAGACAGGUUGUGAAUGUGCCAUCUUUCAUGGUUAGGAUUGAUUCGGCUAAGCAUGUUGAUUUCGCAUUGACUAGUCCAUUUGGUAAUGCCGACGUGAAUGGAAGGGUGAAGAGGAAGAACAUGAAAUCAGCGGCGUCUAAGAAGGGUGGUGCUGGUAGUGACGAUGAAGGAGAUGCUCAGGAUUAAAGCAAAAUAGGUUGCCUUUGGAGUUGAACAACUAGUUUUGCUUUCUGUGUUGAAUCAUAUCAAUCCCAUAUGCGUCUGUUUCUUUGAUUAGUGAACUUCAGUGGGAACAAUCUAUCCAAUCAGUCUUGUUUUUUCGUUUUGGUAUUAUAAGCACUAAGCAGAUAUUUUUCCUAUUUGGUUUUUCAUGAAUUGCGUUCGAGUUUUUGUUGUUAUGGUCUAUUCGGUUUGUUUGAAGCUGUGUUCAUUUUGUGAAGUUGUGGUCUCGUCAGGAUCAACACGGUUAGGGAUGGCAAUAUUAGUAUAUACCUAUGCGUAUUUUACUAUCCAAUUCAAUUGGAUUGGGUAUGAAAUUCAAAUAAAUGUUAGAUGAGUAGAGUUUGAUGGGUUUGUACUCAUACCCAUUUACUUGAGUUGGGUUUUUAACAUAUUGAUUUGGGUUUGUACCCAUACCCAAAUGCAAAUUAUAAUUUGGUAUCUAAACUUAAUAGUUAUGAAUAUUUAGUACUUAAAUUAAUUUUUUUGUAUAUAAGUCCUCAAAAUAUUGAUGAAAAAUUACAUUUUAGUAGCUAAAAUUUUUUGGUCUCACAUUUUGAUGUCUAAACUUUUCAAAUUUUACAAAUAGGUCCAAUUUUUGUAUAUGUAGUUAAAACACCCUCAAGUAAAUGGAUAUCUAUAUCCAACCUAUACCCAUUUAGAUAAUAUCCAUAUCUAACCCAAACCCAUAUACAAACCCCAAACCCAUACACAUAUCACCCAAACCCUACCCAUAAUUAAUGGGUCUACUUGGGUUUAGACAAAAUUACCCAUGGGUGGGUAAAUUGCCAUCCCUAAACACGGUUAAGGUUUCGUAAAUGGAUUUUUGGUAAGCUAGCGUUCUUUAUACUCAUUAUUAUUUGAGUCAGGAAUGUACGUGGGCACUGGGCCGUGCCGCCCACGGGCUAGCACGUCACGACACGGUUAGAGCACGACACGAGCACGGGCACGAAAUAAAUGGGCCAACCUGGCACGAGCACGAAUAAUUUAUGAGCCGUGCCGGGCCUAAAUUUCAUGGGCACGGGCACGACACGAUAUAUAAAUGGGCUGUGUCGGGCCUAAUAUUUUCGAGACUUUAUUGAGUAUAAGAACGGACAUGACACGUAAUAUUUAUUUGAUAGAAAAUAAAUAUAAAAAAAUUUAUAUGUUCAAAUAUUACAAAACACAAGUAGAAAAAUAAUUAUUUGUUGUUGUUGGAAGUGUCAUAAAGAUAUAUACGCAAUUAUUAACAUAAGUAAAAAUGGACAAAGAAUUAAAGAAAGCCAAAUCACACUAGCUAUACUUCCAAUUUUCUUUUUCCCCCUUAUUCGUCAUUUUCAUUAAACACAAAUACGAGCAUGACACGAGCACGAAUAGGCACGACACGAUUCGAACCGUGUCCGGGCCUGUGCUGGACCUAACAAAGUUAACAAAUGGACUUGCAUGACACGACACGAAAACUAACGAGCCGUGUCAAGCACGACACGAAAUAAAUAGGCUCGAAGCGUGCCCGUGCCGUGCCGGCCCAAGCACGGUCCAGCGCCAGUCAGGAACCAAAUGACAUGACAUAUCGAGAUAUACUCGAACUCGUGAAACGGUUUAAAGUUUGACAGUGGAAAUGGAUAAAAUAAUUUUGUGAUUAGCUUUUGUUAGCAUAUCUGCCGCCAUCGUCAGGGAUCUGAAGACGAUCCCCGGCCCGGUGGACAUCCUCAAUUUCUCGAUCCAAGUCUCUUAACUUCCCUAUUUCAGAAUUCGUUGUGUCAAUAGUCUAUACAUACCGAAUCUUGAACAUGAUUUCUAUCCAAACUCAAUGCCUUGAUUUUCGAAGUUAAUGUUGGAGGUGACACACUUGUAAGUUGCUUGCUCAUCUUGUUUGAUAAACCUCACAAAUCUCU